GUGUGACAAUAUGUGCUUCUGUAGAAGGAAAACUAAGAGUAAGGAAGAUACAGUUGAUUCGAGUAAAAAAGGAGAGAAUCGUCAUGACCAGCCGCUUGCUCCGCAGCCAGCUCAGCCGGGGGCCCCACUCACUCCGGAUAGGCGGACCGAGAAGAAGCAGCUGAAAAGCGGCAAAAGUGCUCCAAUGGAUGUUCGUUUCAGUAAGAAGAAGUCGAGAAAAGUCCGCGAAGAUGACACCGUUUCGAAUAUUCCCGAGGAGAUGCCCGAUUUGGUAAUUAUUCGAGAACACACGGAACCCUUCUAUACGGAUGACCAACUCAUGUAGAUAGUCCUUUGGAAAAUUUAUUAAUGAUCUUGAAUAAAGUGCAUUACAUUUC